UGGUACGCGUCAGCUGUGUUGCAGGAAGUGAAGCAGUCAUGGCGACUCCUGUAGCUUUACUCUCUGAAUCUGUGCUCGGAUGGUCUAUUUUCACUAUCGUUUUACUGGUCAUCGUGGCCUUCUGCUGGGUUUAUAUUCGGAAGUAUCAGAGCCGGCAGGAGAGCGAGGUUAUCUCCACCAUCACGGCGAUAUGUGCUCUGGCCAUUGCCCUCAUCACAUCAGCUCUUCUUCCUGUGGAUAUCUUUCUAGUGUCCUUUAUGAAGUAUCCCAAUGGCACUUACAAGGAAUGGGCGGCGAACAAUGAGACAAGACAGCAGAUUGAAGCCACCGUUUUGUACGGCUACUACACUCUGUAUUCCAUCAUUCUGUUCUGCGUCUUCCUCUGGAUCCCCUUUGUGUAUUUCUACUACGAGGAGAAAGAUGAAGACAACAUCAACAAGUGCUUGCAAGUGAAAAAUGCACUGAAGUAUACAAUAGGAUUUGUGAUUGUGUGUUCAGCGCUGCUUUUGAUUGGGACGUUUGUUCCCUUGGAAUCUCCACCCAACCAGAACUCGACUCAGUGGGAGAAGGUGCAGUAUCUGUUCGAGGAGCUGGGCAGUAGCCAUGGCCUGGCCGCCCUGUCGUUCUCCAUCAGCUCGCUCACCUUGAUUGGCAUGCUGGCAGUGAUCACAUACACGGCGUACGGGAUGUCCGUGCUGCCGCUGAACCUGAUUAAAGGCACGCGCAGCGUCCUGUACGAGCGGUUGGAGAACACAGAAGACAUGGAGGAUGUGGAGCACCAAAUAGACAAGCUCAAAGCCAAGUGUGCCGAUGGGCGCCCUCUCUCCAUGAGAGACCGGAGGAACCUCGAGGAUCUUGAAGCCAAACUACAGAUGCUUCAUCGGCGGGGCCGUCACCUGGAGAUUGCAGAGAGGAACUGCUGCAAUAAAGUGGGCUCUGCUCUCCGCCCCAUGAAGAUCUUGCUCGGGGUCUUCUUCAUCCUGGUGGCCCUUUUGUUCUUCGUGACCUUGUUUAUUUCCAAUCUGGAUAAAGCUUUACAUUCAGCUGGUAUCAGCACUGGAUUUAUCAUCUUUGGGACCAACUUAACCAACCCUCUUAAUGAGCUACUGCUGGCGCUGCAACCGGUAUUUCCACUAGACUAUGUUCUCAUCACCACCAUCACCAUGUAUUUUGUCUUCACCUCCAUGGCCGGGAUCCGUAACAUGGGCAUCUGGUUCUUCUGGAUACGGCUGUAUAAGAUCAGGCCUCAGAGAACCCGACCGCAGGCCCUCCUUUUCCUCUGCAUGAUCCUCCUCCUCAUCGUCCUCCACACCAGCUACAUGAUCUACAGUCUGGCCCCGCAAUACGUCAUGUACGGCAGCCAGAAAUACCUGCUGCAGACCCCAGUGCCUACAAACUCAUCACAGGGCAAUCACUCUGCUGCCAUCACCAAGAUAUGCGACGCAGACGCUCCUGAAGACCAGUGCACAGUAACAAGAUCUUAUCUGUUCCUGCACAAGUUUUGGUUCUUCAGCACCAUCUACUAUUUUGGAAACUGGGCUUUCCUUUUGGUCUUUCUCAUUGGUUUGGUUGUUUCGUGCUGUAAAGGGAAGAAAUCGGUGAUUGAAGGGGCAGUUGAUGCCGACGACUCAGAUCUCAGUGAUGAUGAAUAUGUACAUUAACUCCUGGUUUAGUUACUACUAAAGUUCUGUUUUAACUUGGUUUGGUUGCCAGUCAGAACUGGAAUGAAAGAAAAAUUAGUUUUCUAUCUUCUCACAACUCGUAUUCCGUUCGUUGUUCAGAGACAGAAUUAUUGACGCUCUAUAAGAAUCAAUUGAAUGUGUUAUGAUGCCAAACAGAUUUUGUGUCACUCUAGAGUAAUUGUCAUGUGUAACUGAUAGCAGUAGUCUGAUAUCUAACACUACUGACCCUAACUAAGGGUUUAUCUGCAUGUAAUUGUGCAUUGCUGUCUGGAAUAAUUCAACAAAACAGUUGCACAUAAAAAGGGUUUAGAUUCUUAUGCUGAUUUAUUUAUUUAUUGGUUUGUUUGUUUUUUUAAUGCUGUGCAUAUCUGUAUUUUUUUUUCCUGUCUUGCACAGAGGUGGCGAACUUCGGUCCUAGAGAGCCCCAGUCCAGUUUAGCGUAAACCCUUAUCAAACACACCUGAACAAGCUUUCCCAAUGUCUGAAGUUACUAGAAAAGCUAGGUGAGCUUUUAUCAGGGUUGGAGCUUAACUUUACGGGACUUUGGCUCUCCAGGACUGACGAUGCUCCAGUGUUUCUGACAUGUGCUGUCUUUAUUGUAACUUAAUUACUGGCAUAUUACUUGUUGAUUGAUUUCACAUAGAUCUUUAUUUUAGAUUGUACUUGUAAAGACAGGAGAACUUGCACAGUUCUAGAGAACUGAUGCAAGAUCAAAAAGUGUGUAAAAAUGUAUUUAUCAUAUAGUGUUGGCCUGUUGCCGUUUUCUGAAAUUAAUGUUUCUAUUGCAAGAUAAUCCAUUAAUAAAGACUAAAAACGAUAUAUCU